GUGUAAACAAACCAAUUGGCCUGCACAACAGCCUCUUCACCCGCCUCUUCACGACCGCACAAUCCCCAUUUGACAAGCCCGCUCUGCGCGAUUCUUGCUGGCAAUUGUCUGGCCCAGCCUGUCUCACCAGUUCUCGUGCGAUUGAUCAAUUGGUCGAUUGAUUGUUCGCGACCAUGUCGGUCAAGGUCGAGCGGGAUACCGUCCGAAAGGUGACCGAGUCAGUUGGCGAUGGCGCUUCUGCCGCAGCCGCCGCAGCUGCCGGUGCUCCUCGCGAUGGCCCCCUCCCCGGAACCAGUGGCAAGCACCCUUUCGCCGCCGCCAUUGGCACGGCCCUCACGGGUGGAAAGAAGAAUGCCGGUACCAAGGGCUACUUGAUGGCCUACAUUACUGAGCUCGAGAAGAACCCGCUGCGCACAAAGAUGCUCACAUCCGGUACUCUCGCUGGUCUCCAGGAGUUCCUCGCUUCGUGGCUUGCCAAAGACCGUAACAAGCAUGGCCACUACUUUACUUCACGGGUGCCCAAGAUGGCUGCGUAUGGUGCGCUCGUCAGUGCACCACUCGGUCACUUCUUGAUCUGGCUACUACAGAAGGCCUUCAAGGGCCGCACGAGUCUAAGGGCUAAGAUUGUCCAGAUUCUCGUCAGUAACUUAGUGAUUGCACCAAUCCAGAACUCAGUAUAUCUCGUGGCCAUGGCCCUCAUUGCUGGGGCUCGCACAUAUCACCAAGUCCGCGCCACCGUUCGUGUGGGCUUCAUGAAAGUCAUGAAAGUCUCUUGGAUUACGUCGCCUAUCUGCCUUGCUUUCGCUCAACAGUUCCUGCCCGAGUUUGCCUGGAUGCCCUUCUUUAACUUUGUCGCUUUCGUUAUUGGUACGUAUAUCAAUACCGUCACCAAGAGGAAGAGGCUCGCUGCCCUGCGCAAGAAACACUUCGGUGACGGCCGCCCAACUUCCAUGGGACCUCCCCCUCCUCCUCAACGACCUGAAGACUACCCUCCUAUCGGACCUAACCCUCCUUACUAAACGACCAACACUACGAACUGGUAAAGAUAUUGUAUAAUGAAGUAAGCUAGCACUUGGGUAAAUUCUGGAAAGUAUCUAUGACACUCAGUAUAUUUCGGACAAUAUGUAGUGUUAGAUUACAUGGGUUCUGGGUAGGGGGCUGAAUGUGUUGGACAGACGAUCUAUCACGCUCGGGAAUAUUUACAGUUGUAUAGUUGAUUUUGGCCGCUUUUCCCACACCAAUUCAGUAUUUCUUAUAAAGUAUCUAGGUA